CUCCUCCUGCGUCAGAGGUGAACGGUCGGAAACAUGACAGCGCCACAUGCGUGUUGUUGUGUUGUGAUGUGAAGUGAAGUGAAGUGAAGUGAAGUGAAGGCUGGACUUUAAACUGAUUCACGGAGUCAAACUGUUUGUUAGCGAAGGUGAGACAGGGCGUGUUGUGGCUCCUCCCUCCUCUGUGUCCCGUUGCUCUGAUCCAUCUGGUCCUCGGCAGCGUUCAGGAGCGACUCUCCUCUGAGGCGACAUGAGGAACCUGAAGCUGCGGAGCCGCAGGAGCUGGGAGCUGCAGGGGCCCGGGGCCCCGCAGGGCCUCGCCGUCCACACCGACACCGGAUCACUGCUGCUCGCCUCGCCGCUCGCCAUCACAGAGACCGACCACCGCACCGGACAGCUGCUGCGUGAGGUCUCCCUGACGGCGGACGGCUUCCUGCCGGACGACGGCGGCGGCUCGGUGGUCGGCCUGCAGGAUCUGGCGGAGCAGGAGUCUGUGUGCGUGGCGACGGCCGGCGGUGAUGUCAUCCUCUGCAACCUCAACACCGACCAGCUGGAGUGUGUUGGCAGUGUGGACAGCGGUCUGACCUCGAUGAGCUGGAGUCCUGAUGAAGAGCUCGUCAUCCUCACCACAGGUCAGGAGACGAUCAUCAUGAUGACCAAAGACUUUGAGCCGAUCACCGAGGUGGGGAUCCACCAGGAGGACUUUGGUGAAGGGAAGUUCAUCACAGUCGGCUGGGGAAAGAAGGAGACUCAGUUCCACGGCUCGGAGGGGAAACAGGCGGCGCAGAGGAAGACCCUGGAGGUGCAGCCGGCCGUGCCGUGGGACGACCGCAGGCCGAGGGUGACGUGGCGAGGAGAUGGUCAGCUGUUCGCCGUCAGCGCCGUGUGUCCUCAGACGGGGGCGAGGAAGGUGCGGGUGUGGAGCCGGGAGUGUGUGCUGCAGGCCACCAGCGAGGCCGUCAACGGCCUGGAGCAGGCGCUCUGCUGGAAGCCGUCAGGCAGCCUGAUAGCGAGCACGCAGCAGCAGCCCAACAAACACAGUGUGGUGUUCAUGGAGAAGAACGGCCUCCUGCACGGAGACUUCACCCUGCCCUUCAGCCGCGACCAGGCCAAGGUGAAGGAGCUGCUGUGGAACAGUGACUCGACCGUUCUGGCCGUCUGGUUGGAAGCGGCUGCAGGCGAAGAAAAGCGAGUCGACACACACAUCCAGCUGUGGACGGUGGGGAACUACCACUGGUACCUGAAGCAGAGUCUGGACUUCGGCUCGGACCCCCAGCGGGCCCCGGCCUGCGUCACCUGGGACCCGGAGCACGCCCUGCGGCUACACGUGGUCACCGCCGGCUGGACCGCCGUCACCUACGACUGGAGCUGGAGCACGGAGCGCAGCGCGGGGCCCGACGCCGACGACAACGCCGGCGUGGCCGUGAUCGACGGAGAUAAGGUCCUGGUGACGACCUUCAGGCAGGCCGUGGUUCCUCCUCCCAUGUGUUCGUUUGAGCUUCAGCUCACCUCCCCGGUCAACCAGGUGAGCUUCCUGUGCCAGCCGCAGAGGACCAAUCAGCUCGCAGCGCUCACCGCCGACGGACAGGUCGCUGUCUUCGUCCCAGCUCCAGCAGCUCCAGCUGAUCAGACAGCAGCAGGGUUCAGGACGGUGUCUCCUCCUCUGGUUCUGCAGAGAACGUACAGGGUCUCCGUGCAGCAGGACGUUCCUCUGGUUCUGCGGCAGCUCCUGUGGCUGCAGGACGAUCUGUUUGUGGCCGUGAGCUCCGGCCUGCAGCCGAGCUCCUCCAGCCUGCUGCUGCUGAGGCCCGACGGCAGCACACACACACUCUGCGUCAGCUCGGAGCUGGAGCUGCCCGGUGUCGUGGUCGGUCUGGUUCACGGCGCUCGGAGCGGCACGCUGGCCGUGCAGCUGGAGGACGGACAGACACGGAAACUCCUCUGGGAUGGUGCUGAGCCGGCGCUGCUGGACCUGCUGGACCCGAGCGGCUGCAGGGUCGGCCUCCCCGUCGCCUGCGUCCACACGGCCCUGUGCAGCCUCGGAGGACAGGAGAUUCUGCUGGGUCUGACUGACAGGUCUCACCUGUACGCUGGAGACACACAGCUCGCCUCCAACGUUUCCUCCUUCGUGGUUUACGACGACUUCCUGAUCCUCACCACACACUCACACACCUGCCGCUGCCUGCAGCUGAGCACGCUCAGCGUCAAAGGCCUGCAGGGGGCGCUGGCGUCAGACGGCGGUCAGAACGACGAGACGCUGCGGCGCGUGGAGCGAGGGUCCAGGAUCGUCACCGUGGUGCCGCAGGACACCAGGCUCAUCCUGCAGAUGCCUCGUGGGAACCUGGAGACGGUCCAUCACCGAGCGCUGGUGUUGGCUCAGCUCAGGAAGUGGCUGGACAGUCUGAGGUUCAGGGAGGCGUUCGAGGUCAUGAGGAAACUGCGGAUCAACCUGAACCUCAUCUACGACCACAACCCCCAGGUUUUCCUGGAGAACGUGGAGAGCUUCGUCACGCAGCUCGACUCCGUCAACCACAUCAACCUGUUCCUGACCGAGCUCAGGGAGGAGGACACCAGCAGGAGCAUGUACCCCCGUCCCGACAGCAGCUCCUCUCAGGCUCCUCCUCCUCCUCCUCCUCCUCCUCCCGGCGUGACGAAGGUGGACGUGGUGUGUGACGCUCUGCGCCGCUGCCUCGAGGCUCUGGACACACACAGGUUCUGUCUGUCCAUCCUGACGACUCACGUGAAGAAAACUGUUCCUGAGCUGGAGGUCGCCCUGCAGAAGGUCCACGAGCUGCGAGUGAACCCCCCCGGCGCCGCGGGGGCCGUGAGCGCUGAGGAGGCGUUGAAGUACCUGCUGUUCCUGGUCAACGUGAACGAGCUGUACGAACACUCGCUGGGCACCUACGACUUCGACCUCGUGCUCAUGGUGGCCGAGAAGUCCCAGAAGGACCCUAAGGAGUACCUGCCCUUCCUCAACAUGCUGAAGAGCCUGGAGACGAACUACCAGCGCUUCACCAUCGACCGGCACCUGAGGAGGUUCAGGAAGGCCCUGCAGCACCUCAGCAAGUGUGGAGAGGAGCGUUUCCCCGAGGCGCUGCAGCUCAUCAAGGAGCAGAAACUCUUCAGCGAGGCGCUUCGACUUUACCCAGCAGGGGGCGCUCCGCACAAGGCUCUCAGCCGCGCCUACGCCGACCACCUGAUGGAGCAGCAGCAGCCGGAGCAGGCCGGCCUGUUGCUAUGGCGAUGCGGCGAGCCGGCCGAGGCCCUGCAGGCGUUCGUCAGCGGCUCCAGCUGGAGGAACGCCGUGAGCGCGGCGCAGCAGAUCCCGCUGCCGCCGCCGCAGCUCGCCCUGCUGGCCCGACAGCUGGCAGAGAAGCUGAUGGAGCAGCGGCGGUACUCUGAGGCGGCUCUGCUGCUGGACCAGUACGCCAAGGACUGUGAAGAGGCCAUCGCGGCUCUGAUCACAGGUGCAUUGUGGGAGGAGGCGCUCCGACUGAUUCACAUGCACGACCGGCAGGACAUCACUGAGACUGACCUGAAACCAGCUCUGCUAGAAGCGUGCGGCUCUCAGGUCUCCUUCCUGGAGGCCCAGGCGGUGACGUUCAGCCGCCACAGGGCCCGCCUGGCUGUGGUCCGCCAGCAGAAGCUGAAGGCCCGGCUGGAGCUGCUGGACGACGAGGCAGCAGACUGCGUGGACGCUGAUCUCUUCUCUGAGGCCAGCAGUGUGAUGACCAACUCCAGAUACUCACACAGCAACUCCCGCAUCUCCUCGAGGUCGUCUAAGAACCGCAGGAAGGCGGAGCGUAAGAAGUUCAGUCUGAAGGAGGGAAGCCCUCUGGAGGACUGUGCGCUGCUCUGCGCCCUGAGUGACAUCAUCAGCACCGUGGACAAGAUGAGAGAGGAGGUGCACGGCCUGCUGAAGGCGCUGGUGCUGUUCCAGUUUGACGGACAGGCGCAGAAGCUGCAGCUGGCCUACGGGGAGGCCCUGCACACGAUGGAGGCGGCUGUGCCCGAGAUCUGGCAGGACGUCCCGCAGCAGAGCCAGGCCCCGGUCACCGGUCCGAACUCGACGGCCAACAGCAUCACAGCCUCGUUCAACCAGCAGAAACCUGCAGCGGCCCAGCCAGACGCAGAGAUCCUGACGCCUCCGAAGAUGAGAAACGGCGUCAAGUGGAAGCUCGCCGUCCUUCAGUAGAGUUUUGUUACAAUAUUUUGUUUUGUUUUUUAAUUGUAAAGAAAAAAAAAAGCUCAUUCUGUGUUAAUAAAGAUCUGUUUCAAACGUC